AUGAGCCAGGCAGACUUUCUGGGCCGUGCCAUUGAACAGGUCAAGAAGGCUAUCGAGACCGACACCGCAGGCGACUAUGAGGCGGCCUACCAGCAGUAUUACAGCGCGCUCGAGCUGUUCAUGCUCGCGCUGAAAUGGGAGAAGAACCAGAAGUCAAAGGAAAUGAUCCGGGGCAAGGUGGCCGAGUACAUGGAGCGCGCCGAGAAGCUCAAGCAACAUCUGAACCAGAACGACGUCUCAAAUCGCAAGAAGCCUUCUGCUAUGGGCGCAAAUGGCAAGUCGGCUGGCGGCAGCGGGAAGGAUGGCAAGUACGUGGACGACGAAGACGGCGAACAAGACGCCGACUCGAAGAAGCUUCGCGGUGCACUUUCAGGCGCCAUUCUGACAGAGAAACCCAACAUCCGGUGGGAAGACGUCGCAGGUCUGGAAGGAGCCAAAGAGGCGCUGAAAGAGGCUGUCAUCCUGCCCAUCAAGUUUCCACACCUAUUCACCGGCAAGCGACAACCAUGGAAGGGUAUUUUGCUAUACGGGCCGCCUGGUACGGGUAAGAGUUACCUCGCGAAAGCGGUUGCAACAGAAGCGAACAGCACAUUCUUCAGUGUCUCAAGUUCCGACCUCGUCAGCAAAUGGAUGGGAGAAUCAGAACGACUUGUCAAGCAACUCUUCAACAUGGCCCGCGAAAACAAGCCGUCCAUCAUCUUCAUCGACGAAAUCGACGCCCUAUGCGGCCCCCGCGGUGAAGGCGAAUCCGAAGCCUCGCGCCGCAUCAAAACCGAGCUGCUCGUACAAAUGGACGGCGUAGGCAAAGACUCCAGAGGCGUGCUCAUCCUCGGCGCAACAAACAUCCCCUGGCAACUCGACUCCGCGAUCCGCCGCCGCUUCCAGCGGCGCGUACACAUCAGCUUACCCGACACACCGGCACGCAUGAGGAUGUUCGAGCUGGCAGUGGGCAGCACGCCGUGUGAGCUCAGUCAGGCGGAUUAUCGGCAACUCGCGGAUUUGUCGGAAGGGUAUUCUGGCUCGGAUAUAAGUAUCGCGGUGCAAGACGCGCUGAUGCAGCCCGUUCGUCUGAUCCAGACAGCCACACAUUACAAGCCUGUUCAAGUCGACGGCCAAACAAAAUGGACACCCUGCUCGCCAGGUGACCCACAAGCACAAGAAAAAUCCUGGACCGAUCUGGACGGCGACGAGCUCCUGGAGCCCCCGCUGCGCGUGCGCGAUUUUGUCAAGGCGAUCAAGGGCAGCAGACCGACGGUCAGCAGCGAAGACUUAUCCAAGAACGCCGAGUGGACCAAGGGGUUUGGAAGCGAGGGAGCGUAG